AGUCCCCGCGUCAGCAGAACCCUAGAAGCAGCAGUGGGUGGAGCUAAGAACGAAACAAUGACGCGACAUUACAGUGUGAAGGGGCGGAAGCGAAAGCACGCAGAAACCAAAUACGAUCGCGAAGAUGAAGAAGAACCAAAGCAACUUGCAGUGUCUCACGAAGAACGAACACCAACACCAACACCAGCUGAAGAAGAUGAACUCAGCGGCAUUCCAAUUGCACCCAGUGAGAACAACAGUGACAAACCCAGCGUCAUUUUCAUUCUCGAAAGAGCUACUUUAGAAGUCGCCAAAGUUGGCAAGACUUAUCAGCUUUUAAAUUCCGAUGACCAUGCCAAUUUCCUCCGCAAAAAUAACAAGAAUCCCGCUGAUUACAGGCCUGACAUCACUCAUCAGAUUCUUCUGUCUAUUUUAGACAGCCCUCUGAAUAAAGCGGGGAGGUUGCGAGUAGUAUACAUAAAGACUGAAAAAGGUGUUCUUAUAGAGGUUAAGCCCUUUGUUCGUAUCCCAAGAACAUUCAAACGCUUUGCUGGUGUCAUGUUGGAAUUGCUUCAAAAAUUGAGCAUAUCUGCUGUUGGCAAGCGCGAGAAACUGCUCCGGACUAUAAAAAACCCUGUAACACAAUAUUUGCCUGUCAACUCACGAAAAAUAGGUCUAUCGUAUAGCUCAGAGAAGCUCGUAGAUAUGUGUGACUACGUAUCAACUAUUCCCAGCAAUAUGGACCUUGCCUUUGUGGUAGGAGCCAUUGCCCAUGGGAAGAUUGAGACAGAUUAUACAGAUGAUUAUAUAGCAAUAGGGCAACAUACGUAACCAAAAUGGGAUGUUUUCUUUAAAGCCAAACAAUCAACCCCCCUCAACUAUGAAUCAUUUUCAGCUCUACAAAGAAUUUGUUGCGACCAAUCACUGUGUUUCCUGAUUGCAGUUUCGGGAUAUCCUCUAAGUGCUGCUUAUUGUAUUACAAGGAUUACUGGUGCUCUCGAGAGAAAAUGGAAGAUAUUGUAAUAUAACAUCUUCAGUUCAUGCCCGAGAUAUAAUUUACUGAUUUGAGUACCACAAUCAAUUUAUGUAAUAUCAAGGAUAGUGUCUUGCCUAGCAGUCAUGUAGGAAUACAAGGUUAGUUAAUUGCUUCUGACAUUUUUUUAAGGGUUUGAUGUCUUGGACAGAGUGAUGGCUCAAUGUUAUAUUUGAAUUAAAUAUGGCCUACCAUACUUGAU